CUGUGCAUAUGUGUCACUUUUUGUGCAUCGGAAGGACUCUCCCCCAUUCUUCAUAACUCAACAGCGCUACCGCGAGCCAUCUCACUCAUCCCUCCAGCUCCGGAAAACAAGUCACAGAGGCAAACAUGUCUGAAUUCAACGAGGACCAGAUUCUUGAAUUCAAAGAAGCCUUCCUGCUCUUUGACCGGACGGGAGAUGGAAAGAUCACCUACAGUCAGUGCGGAGAUGUGAUGCGCGCUCUGGGCCAGAAUCCUGUCAAUGCGGAGGUGCUCAAGGUCCUGGGAAACCCGAAGGCAGAGGAGAUGAACCACAAAUUGCUGGACUUCGAACAGUUCCUGCCCAUGCUCCAGGCCAUCGCUAAGAACAAAGACCAGGGCACGUUUGAGGACUUUGUGGAGGGGCUUAGAGUAUUUGACAAAGAGGGCAAUGGCACAGUCAUGGGGGCUGAGCUUCGCCAUGUUCUCACCACACUGGGAGAAAAGAUGUCCGAAGAGGAGGUAGAAACGCUUCUAGCUGGACACGAAGAUGCUAACGGUUGCAUCAAUUAUGAAGCCUUCGUACGUCACAUCAUGUCUGGCUGAAAGACGUCAAGGGUGUACGUCCGCCUCCCGCCCUCAACGUUUAUAACACAACUCGUCCGCAUGGUCAUGAGCGGUUGAAGAUGCGGAACCCUGCCCAUUUGUCUGUCUUAUUUUUUUUUGUGUCAUUUCAUAUAUGUAUAUUUUCUUCCUAUUCAUUCCAUUAUCUUCAUUUGCUCCAGUCACCUUAUGUUUGCGCACAUUUGGGUUUUAUGAUUAGAAGUGCCUUUAUCUUCUGUAGGUUCUCAUAACUCCCCAUUAGACGCACAUUCUGCCCGGGUACAUUCAAAUCAUAUAGUGAUAUGACAAAUGUCUCGUGUGCUGACACUGUCUGCAAUAAAACCUCUUGAUGCAGCACAUUUGGAGUGUAUGCGCAAUAUCCAGUGUAUCCUCAGGCAUUUCCGGUAGACAAUGCUGUAGUUAAAAUGUCGCAUCUGGCCAGAUUUGUUAUUUUUGGCCUUUUCAGAACAAGUCCAAACUGAGAAAUUAUGAAUCGCAAAUGCAAUAAUAUUUUCCUGUUUUAUUAUCUUGGAAUGUUCAGCUUGUCCAAUAAAGUACAUUUUAAAGAGA